CUAAACUGUCUUCCUAAUGGCUACUCCAAUUCCUGAUUCUGUUGCAAUUUCUGGAAAUCCACUUGUAAAUUAUAUGAGUGAACAGAAAAGCGUUAGUUUGGCAUAUGUAAAAUAUUUCUCAAAGAAAAAAGAUGCUGUUAGUGCUUCGUUUAAAGCACUCAAUUCAAAGGGAUUUACAAUAAUUUAUAAAACAUCUGAUAACUCAGAAUAUGAAGUUUUUAUUGAAUACAAUACUCCAGUGACUAAAAUAGAAGAUGUCCCGCCUAUUCUGGAAUCCAUGGCAAUAGAAGCAGAGACUGCACUAGGAAUGGUAUAAUCCUGACUUUUUGAAAAGAAAAAAGAAAAAACUGAUCAAGUGAAUUGAGUAGCCUGUGACAAUGACAAGACUACCACCCUUAGAGGCAAUCCAAGAAGCAGCUAAGCAAGGCCCUCCGAGUACUUCCCAUGACGCUCAAAAGCCAAAAGGUGGAAAAAGAAUAAGGACAAACGAUGUAUCACUCGCGCCUGUUGAAGAAGAUGUAUUUUACUCUGCAGAUUUUCAUUGGCAGAUACUAAUUAUUCUUGGCCUUGGAGCAAAUGCAUUACUAGCCUAUGCUUCAGAUGAAUUCUUGCUGAAUAAUUUCCCUCUGUUUAUGUACAAAUUGCGUGAAUUUUUGACAGCUUCAUUGAUUAAAAAGAUUUUCCAAGGGGCAAUCAUAUGCCAUUUAGCAGAAGGCUU